AUGCAUGGUUCUAGUGAGGGGGGUUCGGCUGUUUUUAAGCUGGAUUACAUGGGGACACCAACUUGUCUAGCUCAGCCACCUCAGCUGCACAAACAAAUGGCUAUUUGUGCCGAUUUCUACGACAUAGGGCCUGUUUUUAGAGCUGAGCAAUCACUCAGUCAUAGACAUUUGUGUGAGUUCGUAGGCCUUGACGUGGAAAUGGAAAUCAAGGAACAAUAUUCAGAGGUCAUGGAUGUUGUUGAUGACUUGUUUGCCUCAAUGUUCAAUAUUGAAGAAUGGAUCAAAAUGCUCGAGGAAGCUGGGUUUACUGUUGAUCCUCUUGGUGAUUUGAGCCCCGAAAAUGAUAGAAAGUUGGGGGAGCUUGUAAAGGAAAAUUAUGACACAGAGUUCUACAUACUCCGCCGGUAUAGGGCUCCACCUCAUGGUGAUUUUGGCGUUGGAUUGGAACUGGUGGUUAUGUUGUUUUGCACAAUGAACAACAAACGCAAGAUAUCAUUUUUCCUCUGUGAUCCGAAUCGCCUUGCAUCUUGA